AUGAGAUUGCUCGGGUACCGUCACGGGACUGUCAUUACCGCGCUAUGGCACCUCGGAGAAAAGACGUGCUACAAUGCGCCGAGUGUGACUAGAGCGCGGUUCCCUGGACUACGCGUGGUGCUUGCGGCCGAGGAAGAAUCGACCGCACUUGCAGCCCUACGGGAGCACGCCCCAGGAUUGGCGGAAGCGAGACACGAAUCGCGAUUGCUGAUGAAAGCUUGCGCGCUGCCGGAUGUGGGCAAGGCCGGAGCCCGCUGCGCCUACCUCGUCAACCCUUGCAACUGGCGCCUGGUCGCUGGUGGCGCGAGGACAAACAUGCUCGUCAACCGUGCAGCGGGAGAUUCCUUGCGGCAGGGUAGCUUAGAGGGCGGCCGUACGAGAGCUCUGGUUGCGGAACCUUUCGCGGUUAAGCUCUCCCAGGACUCUCCUCUGCGCAGCGAAGGAGUCGAUACCGUGAUCCAGGUUCUAGGACCAAACCUAGACCCGCGGUUCGCCGAGUGCCUUGCCAACGAGCCCGACCGAGCGCGCUACCUCCUCCGUGAGUGCUACGAUAAGUCCCUCGAUAGCUUCUGGAAACUGGUAUCGUCGGAAACAUCCGGCGCAGCUGCCGUUGUCGCUACGCCCACUGCUGCUGCCGAUGACGCUGCGGCGGCCUCUGCUGCUGCUGCUCCGGGUGCCAGUGGUGGUGGUGGUAGUGCCGCUGGUGCUGAUACUGCGGUCGGGAAGGAGGGCGUGACGAAACGGAAACGAGCCUUAGCCUUGCCCGAGUACCGACAAACACCACCAGUUCCCGUGAAAGGCGCCGGGCACUGGAAGGCGGUGCUGUUUCAGUACCUGAAGGAUAGGCCGAUGCCCGACGAGCUACAGCGCGAGGUUUUUUUCUCGAAUGAUCAGUGCGUUGUCGUCUACGACGGCUACCCCAAGUCGCGGUAUCACCUGCUCCUGCUGCCCAAACCGAAGUUCCUAGACGUGAAACAAGCUUCGGAGCUCCGCAGGGAUGAGCACCUCUCAAGCCUGCGCCAGCUACACGCCACAGCAGCGGCGGUGGCGGAGGCGUUAUCUCAACAGGGGGCUGGGGUUAUCAGGUGCGGCUAUCACGGCAUUCCGUCUCUGGAGCCGCUGCACCUGCACAUCAUCAGCCAGGACUUCGACAGUGAACGUCUCACAAAGCGCAAGCACUGGAACAGCUUUACCACAGGCACAUUUUUUCCUGGAUGCUUCUUGGGUGGAAGCGCGGCUGCUGGAGCGUGGGAGUCUCGAGCUCGACAAAGAGAGGCUGAAGGCGCUGGAGGCUACCCCGCUACGAUGCUUCCGGUGCCAAUCACCGAUGACGAACAUGACCAAGCUCAAGGAACACCUCCUGGGCUGCAACGCGCCCCUACAAAAAAAAGGCAGCUGCGACGGUGGAAGCAGCAGCAAUGCAUAGGGAGUAAUGAAUAGUUGGGGAUAGAGUUGAAGCAGCUGCCGAAUGAUUGGUCGGUUCUUGUGGGUGGUGUCUUUUCCCAAAGAAAAUGGCAGCGUGUGUGAUGUCAACGGAGCACGUGCGACGGCACUGAUGUACGUGGACACGGUGCCCGCCUUCAGCCACGUGGAUGAGAUCGAUGUCGACGGCACAUUCAUUCUGAUCAUUAUCAUGUUCACUCGUUAUUUUGUUUUUGUUGCAUGUUCCAUGACAUAUACUCUUGCGUCUGCAUCUGGAAGGGUGGCGUGUGUCCUGCAGUGCAGAAAAAAAAAUUCAAUAACGUCAGAGAGCCAACAAUG